AUGCCCCUGGCCCUCAGCUCCCUUCCUCCCCUUUGCAGCUUGCUCCUCCCCCCCUUUGCAGCUUGCUCCUCCUCCCCUUUGCAGCUUGCUCCUCCCCCCCUUUGCAGCUUGCUCCUUUUUACCACAGUCGUGUGGUGCUUUUGUCCGGUGGCCAAGCACCGCAUAAACCCUCUCAUUUGCUUCGUCAUUGGGAAUGUCGCACAGCCACUCAUUUCCUUCAUCCACAGCAUCUUUGUCACCCUAUAUAUCAUUCAACUAUUGCCUUUCAUUGACAGCAUCCCAGAUGUCUUUCUCCGCAAAACUGCGGAGCUCCGCAAGCUCAAAGAAAAAGAAGAGGACUUCGUGACGUCUGAGCGCCAGGAAUUGAAGAACAAAUAUUAUAUCAUGAAGAUGAAUUACCAAUCCCAGAAGAACAAAUACUUGUGGCGCAUUGAGUCUCAUUCACAUGAUGUCCUUAUCGCGACUGCCACACAUCAAUACAAGCAGGAGGCCAAGGACAAGGAAAUCUUUCGCCUUCAGGCUGCAGCUGCCUUGCAGGAGAGGGAGGCAGAGCCCUGGUGUCUCAAGAUACAGUAUGAGACCAUGAGGCUCCAUACUGGGGGUGGAGAUGUUCAUGGUCCCUCAUCAUCAUCACUCUGA